UGUUGGUUACUCAGAGACGGGCAGCUAACCGGGAGCUGUGAAUGGUUGGUAUAACUGUAACUGUAACUGUAACUGUAACUGUAACUGUUAUUGUUAUUGCUAAUCCAGAAAUGAACUAGUAUAUAUCUAAACAACCUCAUAAUCAGUAUUUGUAAAGCGCAAGUCUGUUGGCUAAGUUGACAUUGGACUAGUUGGAACUGCAAAAAAUAACAUCUACGUAUACAAGAGCUGUAAUCAUAUAAUUACAAGUUUUUUUUUUAAAAAUGUCUGCCAUGAAAGAUGAAACUGUUUCACCUGAUGAACUACGAAAAAGGCUUUACCAGACAUUUAAGAACCGUGGGGUUUUAGAUUCCUUGAAGACACAGCUUCGGAAUCAGCUAAUACAUCAACUAAAGCACCCAGUGUUGAGUGGAGAGGUGCCCCCACAACCAAUGCCUGUGGAAGCUGAUUCUGUCCUGGUCCAAGCCUCCAACAGUUUGGUAGUAGAUCACUUGCGUCGAUGUGGAUAUGAAUACUCCUUGUCUGUUUUCUAUCCAGAGUGUGGUCUGGAAACAGAUAAGGUAUUUUCAACAAGAGACCUGCUUCAGCUAAUGAAUGUCAGUCCUAGAUCAGUGCUGUAUAAAUCCCUUACCUCAACUAUGCAAAAUGAAAAUAAGAAAGGUUUCCUGAUGAAGCUGCUUAUUGAGUUGACUGAUCACCUGCAUAAAGCGCGCCACGAUGCAGAUACACAGACAGACUCCACCCCGCAUUACAGGGAAUCGCUUGCUGAAAAAAUGCAGCUGAUUGAUGACCAGUUUGCAGUUCUAUAUCAGAAAGGAAGCAGGUGGGAGUCUUUGGAAGCAAAACUUUCAGAAUAUCGGAAGGAAAUUGAAGGACAGAUUCAAGCAGAAAUGGACCAAAAGUUACAACAUUUCAAAGAGGUUGAACUAGCCAAACUGAGGAUGGAGGAAAAGGAAAAAUCCCACAAAGAAGUGUCAGAGUUGAAACGGGAGCUGGAGAGAACCUACCAGACUAAGUCUGAUGCUUUGAUUAUCCGGGAGAAGAAUUCUAUUGAGCGACUGCAGAAGCAGCAGGAGAUUGAGGAAAAAGAAAUCUAUACCCAAAGACAGUUGCUGCUGAAAGAGAUUGAAACUCUAAGGAACAGAGAUGCAGAACUGAAGCAAAGAACUGAAGCAUUUGAAAUGAAUUGUAAAUUGCAAGAAGAGAAGAAUAAGAGUAUAGAAGAGUCUCUCAGACGGCGAGAGCUUGCAAUUAAAACUAUUGAAGACACCUAUGAUCAAAAACUUAAAAAUGAACUGCUAAGGUAUCAGCUUGAACUGAAAGAGGACUAUCUUAAAAGAACUGAAAAAGUCACAGAAGAUGAGAAAAGGAAUAGAGCUGACGCUGCACGUUUACGUGAGGAAUCCGCGGUUAUCAAGUCAAAUAAAGAGGAACACAGGCAUGCUUUAGCCGAAUUAAGGAAACUUCAGGUGGAUUUGGAUUCUGCUAGUUCCCAGAUAUAUCUGCUAACGCAACAAAAUGAGCUGCUGAAGGAAAGACUCAAUGAGACUACAGACUACCCCCUGCUGAAGAGGGAGAGACUGGAGCUGCAGACUCAGUUAAAACUGCUAAAGAGGCAACUUGAAGAGGCACAUGAAGAGAACUGCAAGCUCAGAGAAGAAUUUAGAUGGCCCACGUCUGAAUACUUGGCUCUCCAAGCUGAGUUGAGGAGAGUAGCAAAUGCCAGAAAACUGGACGAAGAGGAAUUUGAAAGUCAGAAACAGGUGUUGGAGGGGCAGCUACAAAAGGAGGUUGAGCACUCUGCACAGAUAAAGACCCAGCUUAUAGAAUGUGAGGAGAGAGCACAAUGGCUAACUACCCAGGCUGAAGAUGUGAAACUCCAGCUACGACAGACACAGCUAGCUCUGGAGAAUGAAGUUUUCCGCAAUCCAAAGCCCUCUCUUGUUGACCGCUCUGUCCUUGACCUCACAGCUGAUAAGGUUGUGCCCCCUGAUAUUUAUGUAGAUGGUCCUUUACUGAUGGGCAGGCCAGUGCCCGAGGAUGUCCUCUUCGAGCCUGUCGGCUCAAGGUCGUGCAGAUAUUCCAGGACUUGCACUGUGUCCCAGGAUUCGGGUACUGAGCUAGUGGCUGGUGCCAAGGCACGAAUUAAGGAGCUAGAAAAGGAGGCUGAGUCUUUAGAAGAGGCCUACAGGAACUACCAGCACAGGGCCAUUAAAACAGCCAUAUCCGGCACUCAACCAGCUAGACCUUGGUCUCCCCCAGAAACUCUCCGUAUUCCCAGAAGGAGCCCAUCUGCCUCCCAUAGCCGAGUCACAUUCGCAGACGAGAUGCUUCCAUCUCAGGAGCUUCAUCUGAUGGCAUUAAGAAGCACGCUGUACGAUGCACUGAACCUGAAUGGAGCUGGGAUGCAAGGACAGGAGACCCCAUCUGUGCAGAACUCCUUGCCUCCCAGACGACUCUCCUCUACGCCCCUUUCACUGUCCGACAGACAGGAAAGCAGAAGGCUUUUGGAAGAUCAAGAGGGUUCAUUUCUUGCACCCUGUCACCACUCCCCUGAACGGCAGAUAUCUCCAAUUCCUUCCAAUGGAUACUCUUUAACUGUUGUCCAUGCUGCUGACACAAAUUCUCCUGGUAGACCGUCAUUGAAAAGCACUGCUGGAGAACACAGCAGCUCACAAAAAAAACUUGAAGAGGUUUCUAGCCCAGAUUCUUCACCACACCCUGAAAAAUUAACAUUUGAGGAUCUUGCAGAAUCUAUGGAAGAUCACAGUGACAUUCCAGAGCAGCUUGAGGACGAUGUGUCCCAUCAAUCUGAGGACCGGAUGAAUAGGCUCAGUGUCACCACCCCAGAGCCAAUAGCUGUUACCUCACUGCAAGACCACACAAUAGAUCUGAAAAUGACAGAAGGGGGAGAGAGACAGAAGAGGGAGGACAAAGAAAAAGAAGAAGAGAGAAAAUGGGAACUGGAAAGAAAGAAUAGAGAAGAAAAAAGACUACAGGAGAGGCAAGCAGCCUGGGAGAGAGAGCAGAGGGAACUGGAACGACUAGAGCAGGAGAGAAAGUUGGUUGAAAAUUCACAACAUCACAAAGACAAAAAAGGAGAAACGGAAGUGGUGAAGACAGAGUCCAAAAUGUCUGAAGCAGAAGACAAUUUUUCUGGCAAUAAUUCUGAUCCUGUUGAAAAAUACCUGAAAAUAGUAAAGCAGCAUAAAGAGCCAGAACUGGACCAGAGUUUGAGGAGGGAAGCUGCAGAGCAAAGCUCUAUUCAUGAUAGACUAUCUGAUGAAAAAGAUGACAGUAUUGCUGGCAUUUCACAUGAAGAUGCAAAUGAGGAUUUCUGGUGAAUCUUUUGUGCAUGUACUGUCUGGACCUGGGUAUGAUGUUCAUGUAUUAAUUUUACAAGGUUUAUGUAUUUGUAUUUUUGUGACUUUUUAAAUGUUCCUUUUUUAAAUAUGAAGAUUCAUAGUGUGAUUUAUAUGUGUACAUGUAAACAAUAAAAAAGCACUAUUCUAACCUUUAUCUUAAAUUGUCAUGCAUACAGAGAAAAGUGUGAGUUCUAUGGAUUUAUACCAUGCAUGUGUGACUCAACAUAUUUGUCCAGUUCAUCCCAAAUGGAGUAAGGUGUCCCUGUUUUAUGAAUUGUUAAAUAAUUCAUAGUUUACCAAUCAGCUGCUGUCCAUAUGGCUCUGCAGAAAAAAAGAUUAUAACACUCUUGGAACAAGAUAGCAAUAUUACAUUGGAGUGUUCCAAUACUUUUGCCACCCAAGGCGUACUCUACCCCUGUACCAUGAUGCUGUAUCUUCUCUGCAGCAUCUUACCAGGCUAGCAUCCACAAAGAGGAUUAUGCAUUUUUUUCUGAGCCUUGCCUUGCCAUCUGGAUAGCAGUUGAUAAGAAGGGUUUAUCUCACAGCAAAGAAAGCAAUCAGCAGCUUGCCUUCAGACUCUGCAGUAUCUAUUUGGUACAAUGAAGGGUAUUACCCUGUCCCAUUUACCAGGUGAUUUUCUUUGAGUUGCAGAAGACAAAAAUAAAUAAAUAAGUGAUUAACCCCAGAUUAAAAUGAACACAGAUAUUCAGUCAAUUCAACGAACAAAAUUCAAUAAAACUUUCUACCGGCACAGUAUAUACCGGUAAGUAUUUUAAAUUAAGGGCUUGUAGAAUUUCAGGACAACAUUAGGCUAUUGCAAUAGUAUGUUUUAGGAGUCCAGUGAGUGUGAGUACCCUGUGUGUCAGUCAACACUUGAUAAUAAAGUUACUUGGUGUAUACUAGUAACUGUCAACACCUUGAUGGGCUGAAUUCGUUUUUAAUUUUGCAGAUGUGUUCUGUUACCAUAUGAUAAAUAAUUCAUGAUUUAUACACUUAAUUCAGCAUGAUGAUGUUCCUGUUACAUGUAUAUGAAUGUAAGUUAGGUUUUCUUUGACAUUCACUUUCAUUGUGAUUGGGGUUCCAUUGGCCGCAUAUUGAUAUCAGCCCUUCACAUUUUUCAUUCAGAUUCUGGACAUUAAAAAAGAAAAGACCAAAGCACUUGUCAUAUAUGUAAUAGCUAGAACUAAAGGAUUACUUUUAAGAGAACCAUCUCCCUUGCUAGUAUAAAACCUCAACUUCGUCUGUCUGAUUUGAUCUAUUUGGAAGACCUGUUAUCUCAUACACUCUAUGCGCCCAAUAGUUAUUCCUUUAACAACUGUCUUUGAGCUGCACAAUGUAUAGCUAAUGAGAAAUAAAGAAUCACUAUAUAAAAAUAAGAAAUGCUAACCCAAAGUGUUUUAUCUACAAAUGUUUAAUAACUGCUUGAAUAAAACCACAAGGAAACGCUUG